AUGCCCAUCCCAAUUAUUGCCCAUGGCAUCUCGGAGGGCAUCUCGGCAAUUCCAUAUGCCUGGGAAGUCCUCAAAAUCGCACCAUGGAUUCUCCUACUCUCCGCGCUGAAAUACUACUUCGGCGGAGCCCGCAACACCUCCGAGCGCCUGUUAGCCUCGAAAGUGGUGAUGGUAACAGGAGGCACAUCAGGAAUUGGAGCAAGUGUCGUCCGUGAACUGGCCGCCCGACAAGCGCAGGUCAUAAUCCUAACCCAACAAUCCCCCUCCGACCUAUUUUUAGUCGAAUACAUCGACGACCUCCGCCGCCAAACGAAAAACAAUCUAAUCUACGCCGAGCAAGUCGAUCUCGCCUCCCUACACUCGGUGCGUGAAUUCGCAACGAAAUGGAUUGACAAUGUCCCGCCCCGUCGGCUGGACGCUGUCAUCCUCUGCGGCGGCCUCGCCGUGCCCGCCGCUGCACGCGGCCAGACACAAGACGGUAUCGAUGACGAGUGGCAGGUGAAUUACCUGGCCAAUUUCCAUUUACUUAGUAUUCUCAGUCCGGCGUUGAGGGUUCAACCUGCGCACCGUGAUGUGCGGGUUAUUUUCCCCACUUGCUCGAGUUAUAUUGGGGCGAAGUUCGAUCUGGAGACUGUGAAGCGGGAUCAGGAUGAUGCCGAGACAAAAAACAAGAAAAAGAAAGACUCGAAAUCGAACGAUCAAGGUCCCUCCGCAAGACUAUCCGUUCGUCCAAAGGGUAUCUACGCCGUCAGCAAAUUCGCCCUAAUGACCUUCGCCCACUCCUUCCAGCGUCAUUUAAACGCCUACGAGCGUCCAGAUAGCCUGACACGGACGCCCGGAACCCGGCGCUGGCUGACGGGCGGAUCGCUGUGGGGGUUGCUGCUAUAUCUGCUCACGUGGCCGUUUUGGUGGCUGGUGCUCAAGUCGCCGGAUCAGGGGGCGCAGAGUAUUCUCUAUGCGGCUAUGGAGGAGAAGUAUGCGCGGGGAACCGGGGGUUGGUUUAUUAAGGAGUGUCGGGAGGUUGAUUGUGCAAGGAAGGAUGUUCAGGAUGAGGAUGUUGGGAGAAGGUUGUGGGAGUUUAGUGAGAAGCAGAUUGAGGAGGCGGAGAAGGAGGGGGCGUUGAAGAGGGCGCAGGCGAAGAAGGUGGUGAAGGAUGAGGAGGAGAAGAAGGUUCGGCAGGAGACUGCUUCGCAGAAGGCGCAGAGUGCUGGGUCUAGACGGAGUCGGAAGAAUAAAUGA